CAGCUGCCCCGCACCAACAUGGCGGCCGGCUCCCCGUGAGCGCCGCAGCCGCGAGCCGGCCGUUGCUGGGCAUGCUCCUUGCGUGCCCCGCACCAGCAUGGCGGUCGUCUUCACGGGGGUGACUUUAAUUCUCGGUUUUCGGUUAUAGCCGGCUGGUGCUCCUUUCUUUUCAGAAAGCUCUGAGCGCCUGGUGAAGCCGGGGAAAGGGAAGGGGUGCGGGGGUGAAAGGUGAGAGGGGACUGCAGGCAUCCGGGCCGGCUCCUGGCGGGAGGAAGAUGGCUGAGGGCGAGCGGCAGUCGCCGUCAGAUUCUUCGGAGGAUAUCCCUCCGGCCACUCAGAGCUUCAUCAUUCCGAAAAAGGAGAUCCACACAGUUCCAGACAUGGGCAAAUGGAAGCGUUCUCAGGCGUAUGCUGACUACAUUGGAUUCAUCCUCACGCUCAAUGAAGGUGUGAAGGGGAAGAAGCUGACCUUCGAGUACAAAGUCUCUGAGGCCAUUGAGAAACUGGUCGCCCUUCUCAACACUCUGGACAGGUGGAUUGAUGAGACCCCUCCGGUGGACCAGCCCUCUCGAUUUGGGAACAAGGCCUACAGGACCUGGUAUGCCAAACUCGACGAGGAAGCAGAAAACUUGGUGGCCACAGUGGUCCCCACCCAUCUGGCGGCUGCCGUGCCUGAGGUGGCUGUUUACCUAAAGGAGUCCGUGGGGAACUCCACCCGCAUCGACUAUGGCACAGGACAUGAAGCAGCCUUCGCUGCUUUCCUCUGCUGCCUCUGCAAGAUUGGGGUGCUCCGGGUAGAUGACCAAAUAGCUAUUGUCUUCAAGGUGUUCAAUCGGUACCUGGAGGUUAUGCGGAAACUCCAGAAGACCUACAGGAUGGAGCCAGCCGGCAGCCAGGGAGUGUGGGGCCUGGACGACUUUCAGUUUCUGCCCUUCAUCUGGGGCAGCUCGCAGCUGAUAGACCACCCGUAUUUGGAGCCCAGGCACUUUGUCGAUGAGAAGGCCGUGAAUGAGAACCACAAGGACUACAUGUUCCUGGAAUGUAUCCUGUUUAUCACUGAGAUGAAGACAGGCCCCUUUGCAGAGCACUCCAACCAGCUGUGGAACAUCAGCGCUGUGCCCUCCUGGUCCAAGGUGAACCAGGGUCUGAUCCGCAUGUACAAGGCCGAGUGCCUGGAGAAGUUUCCUGUGAUCCAGCACUUCAAGUUCGGGAGCCUGCUGCCCAUCCAUCCAGUCACCUCAUGCUAGGGGCGGAGCAGCCAGAGCCACCCGGGCCGCCACCGUUCCUGUGCCUGCCCUCCCCUGCCCCAGCUCCAGUCACUCCCUGACCCCUCCCCCUGUUCUUUCUGUUUGCUGAGAGGCUGUUUGCUGGGGUGGGCGGUGAGUGCGGGGUUGAGGGAGGCUCAGGGCAUAAGGGUGUAGGACCCAAAGUGAAGGGAGAAGUGACCAAAGUGGGGCCCGUUUCCCCAUGGCGGGGAGGGUGGGUGUGCUCGGGCCCCAGUCCUGCGCUUGGCCUUCCUCUCCUCCUUUCCCGUCCCGUCUGGCUCAAGA